AUGACAUCACACCUGCAGAGGCACAACCUGAAAUCAGGUCUCUACGACCAUCUCCAAGCAGUGAGAAGGUCAUGGAAAAUUUCUGAACAAACCAGGAAAAAGAAGCAGCGUCAGAGAGAAGCUGAGACGCUGCUUCACAGACUUCACCUUCAAGACAAACUUCAACAGUUUUCAGCAGAAUUUCUUCAAAUCUGUCCAACAGUGAAGCAGCAUCAUGUCGUAUCUGAGAAAGAUCUAGCUCACACUUUUCUCCACAGGCUGAUGAUGUUAGACUACAGGGCCAGAUAUGUUCCUGUAAGACCGGACAGUCCUGAGUCUGUUCACGUGACUGACAUCACUGAGACAGAUGGAAGUGUUCUUGAGGUUUUAUUGAACACCAGCGCUGAGACAAAUCAGACUCGAGUUCAUCCAUUGGACGUUCAGAUGGCAGCAUUUCACUGCUCAGACAGCUUCCUUAAACAGAUGAUGGUUACAAAGCUCUCUCAGUGUCAGUAUGCUGUACCUCUGCUUGUUCCUGACCCAGUCACAGAGGAGAUUGAGUUUCCUCUGUGGACGUUCAGACAAAUAACUAAAACCUGGAAGGUAAAUCAAAUCAAAGAUGGCUCAAACAUCGUCACCAUGAAGAGCGUUCCAGUCUACAAAGCUCAAACACCCUUAGUGUCAUUUUUCCGCCUGGGUUCUCUGUCAGUGUCUAAAUCUCAGCUGAUGAGCACUUUGAUCAACGACCAUCACUCCACCUUCUUCCACAGAAACUGUCCAGGAAGCACCAAAUCUCUCCAUCUGAUGGAUGGUGUGGCAGAGAUCGCCUGGUACUGCCCUGCUGGAAAACCCAGUGAUGCCUUCAAUGACUGCAUCGCCUUUUGUAACCUCCAUGGUGAUGCUCUGUUAAUUAAAGAACAGCGUGAUAUACUGAUUCAAAAAUCCUCCAUCAAUAUUGUUCUUGUUGCAUCUCUACAAAAACAUGAAGAAAGUCGGUCACUUAUAUCAGAUCUUUGUGAGUCUCAGAAGCCUCUCAUCUGUCUCACUGAUGAUGGCAGCUGUGAUGCUGGUAUGCCAGGAAGGGGAAAGUACAUAAUGGGUCUCAAAGACAGAAGCCAGUCAGAUGUAUCUGAACAGCUGAAAAACAUCAUUAGAGAAGUUUUGUCUCCUCCAGAUGGUUCCAGCUUGAAACCAUCCUUCCAGCUUGAAAGCAUGGCUGAGCUCUCUGGAAUCAGAGUUGAUGAAAGUGACCCAGCCUGUCAAAGAGGGAAAUCUGCUGCUAUGGAAAUAAUCAAUCUGCUUACAAAAGAUAAGAAGGAUGUCUCAAAGAUCAAAGAUAAGUUUCUCCCUUGUCAAGGCCAUCUGUGGCAUCAGUGGAGCAAAAUACAUAAAGAACUGUAUCAUCUCAGAGGAGACACUGAACAGGAGAAAAGUCAAAAAGAACAACUGAUGAUCAUACGUCAGAAACAAUGUGCUGCUUCCUGCAGUAAACUGAUGGAGUUGUUCAUUGGAAGCCUCUCAUCACUACCACCAACAGACAAAGAGUAUUUCCUCAGAUGGACUCAGAUCUUCAUGGAUGACCUCUCCACAGAUGAUCUUUCUUCAAUCCUCCAAAGUUAUUAUCAAACAUGGUCUGAGAUUUGGGCUUUGAAGAGCAAACCUGACAAAUCAGAUCAGUUAUUGAGAAAACAAACUGAGCUUGAAGAAGUUUCCAAAAAACUUCAGUCUGCAUCUUUUGGUUUGGAGCACAUCUUCAGAGAAAUGGGACAGAUCUAUGAAGCCCACAGAGCAACACAAGGAGAGAGCAGACACACUGACUGGUCUAAAUACCCUGAGCUGGCUGCACAGCUGAUGAUAUCAGGACACCCGAUGGAGCUGAUGGAUGGUGAUGCAGGUCACGUGCCUUCAACAUGGAUCUCCAGUGUUUUAGAGGAAGUCAUCAAGAAACUGGGGGACCAGAGAGUUUUUGUGUUGUCAGUUUUGGGCAUACAAAGCAGUGGAAAAUCAACAAUGCUGAACACCAUGUUUGGACUGCAGUUUGCAGUGAGUGCUGGCAGGUGCACCAAAGGUGCCUUCAUGCAGCUGCUCAAAGUAUCAGAGGAGAUGAAGAAAGACUUUAAGUUUGACUAUGUUCUAGUGGUGGACACUGAAGGACUGUGUGCUCUUGAGUUAGAAGGUAGCAACACUCUUCACCAUGACAACGAACUGGCAACAUUUGUUGCUGGUCUGGGAAACUUGACCCUGAUCAACAUCUUUGGAGAGAAUCCAUCUGAGAUGCAGGACAUUCUGCAGAUUGUUGUUCAGGCUUUCAUGAGGAUGAAGAAAGUUCAACUUUCUCCCAGUUGUGUGUUUGUUCACCAGAAUGUCUCAGAUGUUGCAGCAGCAGAGAAGAACAUGGAUGGAAAGAGACGCCUGCAGGAAAAACUGGACCAGAUGGCCAAACUAGCAGCUGAGGAGGAGGAGGUUUGUAAUGCAAAGUGCUUCAGUGAUGUCAUUGAAUUUGAUCCUCAAAAAGAUGUGAAAUUCUGUGCCCAGCUGUGGGAGGGCAGUCCACCCAUGGCUCCUCCAAAUCCAGGUUACAGUGAGAGCAUCCAGGAAGUGAAGAACACCAUCCUCUCUAAAGCUUCACAGUCUGCUGGGAUCACGCUCUCACAGUUCAGAAGCAAAGUUCAGGACCUGUGGACCGCACUUCUGAAUGAAAGCUUUGUUUUCAGUUUUAAAAACACACUUGAAAUUGCAGUGUACAGAAAACUGGAGGUCCAGUAUGGGAACUGGACCUGGACCCUGAGGAGCACCAUGCUGACCAUUGAAAACCAACUUCUCAACAGAAUUCAAAAUGGAAACCUUGACAAUGUUGAGAAGUCUGAUCUUUAUAAAGAGACAAACAAAACAUAUGAAGAAAUCAGCGAAGCAGUGAAAAUAUACUUUGAGGAUGACAAAGAGACAGAGAUCUUGGGUCAGUGGAGAGGACGAUUUGAAAACAAAAUCAAAGAGUUUUAUGAUGAACAGGUGAGCAGAGUGAAAAGGAAACUGGAUGAAGUUAUCAAGCAGAAGAAAACUUGUAAAAUGAUGGAUGACAAGAAGACUGAGUUUGAGAAGAAACUGCUCCAACAGAGCAAAGAGCUCGCUCAGCAGCUGAAGGAUAAGGCCAGAGAUGAAGAGGAGCUGAACAAACAGUUCAGCUCUGUUUGGAGCAGCUGGGUUACUGAAUUAACAGCAAAUAUAAAACCUGUUGAAGACAUCAGCUUGGAACAAGAUCAGUUUAUGAUCCUUCAAGAACUUGGGUUUGAAUCAGCUCUCAUAGAUGAACGCAAAAGAAGCUGCAGAUACAAGAAACUCUCAGAGCUUGGUGAUUAUUCUGAAUAUAUAAAGCGCACAGCUGCAAGCCAACUUACACCAAGCAGUCCUUUCUCCCAUGAAGAACAACAACAGAUCAGAUCGCUCAUUGUCAAAGCUGAAAAAGAGUCACUUGAUGCAAUCAGAAGCAAACCUGUAGCUAAAACAGGCUACACACCAACAUAUUUGCAGGAAGUAGCCAAACAUAUAACAGAAGAAGUGCAGACAUUUCUGUCAGAGAGGAAAUAUAGUUUGAAGAAGGAGUUUACAGUUGAUCUCUUGCUGUAUGUGUUCUACAGGGCAGAGAGUUGGUUUCUAGAGUCCCACAAGAAAUUUAAAAUGAACAGUGAUCCACACAUUUAUUUAGAGAGCAAGAAAACACAGUAUUACACAGUCUUUAGAAGCUUUUGUAGAGGAAGCUCAUCUGCUGUUGAACUUGGAGAACUGAUCUGUAAAAAGCUGAAAGCUUCCAUUUUUGAUGCUGCAAAUAACAAGACUGCCAUUGAUGUGGCUCAUCAGAUGAGGUGUAAUUUCCCAGCAUUCAGUGGGAACAGGCUGGACUUGGAGAAACAUGUGUUGAAGUCACUCGCUGAGGAAGAAGACUUUGAUGGUUUCAUCACCUACAUCAGAGAUCCAAGGAGACAAACAGAAGCUUUCAUUAAAGCAGAGGUCCAGAAGUACUUCAGGGAUCACAAAGAUGAAGCUGUGAAUAUGCUCAAGAAAAAUGUUGAUGACAUCAACACACUGGUGAGGUCAGCUUUAUUUACUGCAACACAGAAAGUCAAAACCCACAGGGGAGACACAGAGAUGUGGCUGAAGAAAUUUUCCAGUUUGCUCAAAUAUGAACUAACAUUUGAUAUUGUUUGUUCUCAAAACUUUAGUGACAUAAACGAUUUUGACUUCGUCAAAAAAGAAAUAGAAAAAGGAUUUACAUCCAUCUUUAAGGAGAUGAGCAGGAUCUCAUUGGAUAAGCUGAAGGAAUCCAGGCUGAAGCCUGAUGAAAUCCUCAUUGAUCAGCUGUGUAACUGCUGCUGGGAAACGUGUCCUUUCUGUUCAGCUGUUUGUAUCAACACCAUGAAAGAUCACAGUCCUGAGGACCACAGCACUCCUUUUCAUCUAUUUGAGGGGAUGAAUGGGAAGCACCGAGCACACACAGGAGAGUUCAGCCUCACUUUCUGUGCAGAAGGGAUUCACAAUAUUUCGAGAUUUUUCUAUAAACAUUACAGAAUUGCUGGUCUGCCAUAUGCUAACUGGAGAAUCCCCCUCAAUGGGCCUAAACUGGCAUUCUGGAAAUGGUUUGUGUGUCGAUUUCAACAUGAACUGGAAGAGCACUACAAAAUAAAAUUACAGGGAAUUACAGCGAUUCUAGUUGAGUGGAAAGCAAUAUCCAAACAUGAAGCCAUUAAAAGUCUGGAUGAAAUGUGUAAUUAA